AAAUAGUUCGGAAAUAAUUAGCUUUCCCACUCGUUUGAUGAAAAGACGAGCUAACUUGCACUGUGGAGAAAAUUGGGGAGGGGGAUGGGAAACUUUUCUUUACCGAGACCUGAAAUGAAAAAAGCUAAAGCUGCAGUGCUUGGUCUCUGCUGCUGGUUGGCCUAUCAAGCCUUCGCCCCACCCCCUCCCUCUCCGGUUCGUCCGCAGAUCUGUUCUUAGCACCGCCCAAUGGUAAAAAUCUAGGAGGUAGAAACUGACUGGAUCUGCAGGAGAAGUAAUUGCACUCAAAGGGGAAUACGCAGGAAAAAAGAAAGGAAGCAGACGAAAGAUGAAACCCUGUCAAAAAAUGGAAGAAAAACCAGAAAAUGGGAAUGAGCAAAAUGUCGAGGAAGAACCAAAGCCCGAGGAAAAGCCAGAAGAGGAUGAAGAACCCCAGGAAGAAAAAGAAGAAACUUUUAAAAAAAGAUUGAUUCAAUCUCUCCAGGAAUUUAAAGAAGAUAUACACAACAGGCAUUUAAGCAAUGAAGAUAAGUUUAGAGAAGUGAAUGAAAUAGAUGAGAUAAGAAGAGUAAGAAACAAGCUUAUAGUGAUGCGUUGGAAGGUUAAUCGAAAUCAUCCUUAUCCCUAUUUAAUGUAGUUUCGUUUGCUUUCUGUGUUAUUUGAUAUUAACAUUGCCGUAUACUUUUCUUUUAUUAGCAUUCUAUUAAUAUAUCUGUGUUUAUCUUUCUACUUUUAGCCUGUCAUUUUUAGUGGUUUUAGAUGUAUCUCUUGUUACCUUCAUCUCACUGUUUAUUGUAUUUUGAACCAAUCUACAAGUCAUCUUUUAAAAAAAUUUUAUUAGCACAUGUUUGCAGUAUAUAAUGAUUACAUUCAUUGUGGGGAGCUGGUACAUGAACAUAACCCAUAUUAAUUCUCUUUACAUCCUCUUACCCUCUCUCCUCCCUCCCUUUUGCCUUUUAAUAUGAAAACUUUACUCUUUUGUAAAAGAAAAAUGUUCCUGAUAUGAUAAAAAAAUGAAAAAAAGAUUACUAAGUCGGUCAUAUAUGAAUAUCGUAUUUUUGAAAGG